AUGGAUAAUGCUUCCUUUCACCGAGCACCUGAGAAAAGAAAGGAACUGGGUCUGCCUAGUGUAGAGGAACAAUUAUCUUUAAAAAAUUCUCAACUAUUUUCUUUGCCUGCUCGUUCCCCUCAACUUAAUCCUGUCGAACUAAUCAUUAAUCCAGUAAAUGCCCUAGUAGAAAUUAGUAAUCCCUUAGAGCCGACCACUUCCAGUAGCAAUUUUCUCGAAACCGCCCGAAAUUUACCAACUAGUAGCAAAAUUGCUAUCAGUGCAACAGUAGGAUUAAUAGUAAUCUGUUUACUUAGUGCUGUUUGUUAUGGUUGUUAUCGUCCCCGUCGUCGCCGAAUAGUAGUAAGAAGAAACGAAGAAAUAGAAUUAGCCUAUCGGAUUUCCCCACCUUCACCACCCUAUCGCCGUGAAGAGAGAAUAGAUUUUGUUCCAUUGGAAACAGUAGAGCCAACCGAAACUUUUGAAGAGCCUGCCACAACUAAUUCAACCACGGCUAGCACUGAAUAA